AAGACCAAGACGAACCCAGCAGCUUUACUUGGCUCCAAGCUAGAUAGAGAUUGCGAGAGAUCAGAAAACAACAGGCCGAAACUAGCCAACAUGGCGAACCUGUUCCUGAAGCAGGCGAAGCAGUACGUGGCGACGCGGCCGUCCUACCCGCCGGAGCUCUUCGACUUCAUCGCUUGCAAGACGCCCCGCCGCGACCUCGCCUGGGACGUCGGCACCGGCAACGGCCAGGCUGCAGCAUCGCUGGCGAAGCUGUACAAGGCCGUGGUGGGCACGGACACGAGCGCGCAGCAGCUCGCCUACGCGCCGCCCCUCCCCAACGUGCGCUACGUGCACACCCCGGCUGACCUGCCGCUCGCCGGGAUCCACGACGCCGUCGCGGCGCCGUGCUCCGUUGACCUCAUCACCGUCGCGCAGGCCUUCCACUGGCUCGACCUCCCGAACUUCUACGCGCAGGCCCGCUCCGUGCUGCGCCCCGGGCGCGGGGUGCUCGCCGCCUGGUGUUACACCGAGCCGCGCGUCGGCGCCGCCGUCGACGCCGUGUUCUGGCGCCUCUACCACGGCUCGGAGCCGCACUGGGCGCCCAACCGCCGGAUGGUCGACGACGAGUACCGCGGCGCCGACUUCCCCUUCGACCCCGUCGACGGCGAGGCGCACACGGGCCCCUUCGAGUUCUCCACGGAGCGCCGGAUGGACCUGGAGGACUACCUCAUGUACAUCACGUCAUGGUCGGCGUACCAGACGGCCAAGGACAGGGGCGUCGAGUUGCUCGACGAGGCGACGGUGCACGAGCUCGAGGCGGCGUGGGGCGGAGACGCGAAGGAGGUGAAGACGGUGACGUACCCAAUCUUCCUCAGAAUCGGCAAGGUGAGGGCCCAAGAAUGAGAUGCACGAAAGAACAAAUUGACGAUGGAUACAAUAUCGGAGGAGGCGAGACUGCUAGGAAUUUGUGCUGAUAACCUUUCUAUAGAAAGGUUUCUUUUUUAUUGACUGUUGUACAACUUUUUGGUUCAGAAUGUAUUUGAAAUAAUUGUAAUGCAGUUUUUUUAAUUCAAUUUAUUAUUCGGUGUAUUAAAGAUUAUUUGUCA